AUGAACCCCAUUGAAAACAUUUGGGACACUAUAGCCCGAGCCGUACGGAACAGAAUAGAUCCACCUUCAACCUUAAAUGAGCUGGCUGCAGCAGUAAAUGAAGAGUGGAAUAAUUUACCCCAAGAAAACAUUAACCACCGAAUAAUAGGAAUGCCAAGGCGUGUUAACGCGGUGCUAAGAUCUAGAGGACACCGAACUGGUUAUUAA